UGCAUUUAAUGUGAAAAAUUUCAUCUGGGGUUUGUUUAUUUUUUUAUUUUUGGUCAAAAAAUGAAUCUUUUUUGGUUGAAUCAGUGAAAUGAAGUUAAAUUCUCAAGAAUCUGUUAGGGAAAUUUGGACAGACGAGUAAAAUGCAAACUUCCAUGGAUUCGUUCGAGUACAACUGGAAGACACCAAAUGAGAGUGCAAAGAGUUCUCAACGGGAGCCUGAACAGGUUGUAAGUGCUGCAUCUAUCUAUUUUGCAUCAGAGGAGGAAGCAAUAGGAGUGGAACAAUUAUUUGCAGAACCCGAGUAUGGCGAUAUAGUCGAUACUCUUCUAGAUUUUAACACAUGUGCAUGCAGUCUUCCAGAGAGCUACAUUAAGGAGUUUACAGCUUCGGAGCCUGUUGUAACAAAUAGUGAUCGCGAUGCAGUUCAAAGAGGUCUUAGUGAAGAGGAUAAAACAAGGGAGAAGUUUCUUGAUGAAUUGUCAAACGGAUAUAAUGAAAAUCAUUGCAGCAUUUCAUGUGAAGAUUAUCUUUUGGAUAUUGAACUUGAGGAAGAGACUCCCACCCUUGAUGUCACAAGAGAUGUAUCCUGUAUAGGGAAUAUGAAUUUGGAGAAAAAGCUAGCUGAUUCAGAACAAAGAAAUUGUGGUGUUCAUGUGCUAAAGUUGUCUGAUGCAAGUACCUCAUCCGAUCAUGAGGCUUUAGACGAAUAUGAGGACAUGUCAACUGAUAAACUACUUGAGGUGUUCAGGAACAUGUUUGGACAUCAAACUUCAGUUGCGGAUAAGCAAUGGCUGGAAUCCCACAUGAUAUUUGGCUUGGAAAACCAGGAGAUGUCAGACAAGAAUUACAGUUUUCCAAAAAGCUCUCUUGAUUCGAGUGAAAAUCAAGGGGUUAAAGUCCCACCAGCUUGCCAGAAUCUCCUUACAGUAUCUACUGCCUUUGCUAGUAUAUUCAAUUUCAGAACAAAGCCAAGGGUUCAACACGUGAAAAGGAGAGAACAUAUCCAAUGGAAUUCCUUCAAAUGCUUAUCUUCUGCAGCAGGUGAAAUACAGCUCAAUUUUCCGGAUAAGUGGGAUAGCAAGGAGUUGGCUAAAGAAAAUGUAAAAUGUGAUGGAACGAAAUUAGGAAUAUCUGAACAGAAUCUGAAAUGUAAACCUUCACGAGGAGGAUUUGGUCGGCGAUAUUAUCACAGAGGAGCCAAAGUAUCAUCACAAGGUCUUGGUAAAAGAAAUUUUCAAGUUGGAUGCAUCCAAAUUCCACCUGGUCUGCCCAUUGAGGAACGACUUAUCAGGAGGGAGGGACAUUUAUCCAAAGAUUGCAGGGCUAACAGAGACUAUAACAGCAACAUCCGUUCAGCUGAGGCACAAGAUGAUCCUUCUGGCACUCUUUCUGAUCAGUCUAGUGAUAAUUCAUCUGAAGAUGAUUGGACUAUAGGGAGCGAGACCCGAGGCACUAACCAAGACAGAAAACACAACAAGUAUUGGUCAACAACUGAGGUCCUAAAGUUGGUGGAGGGUGUUUCCAAGUAUGGUGUUGGCAGAUGGAGUGACAUAAAGAGGAUGUUUUUCCAAUCAUCUGUGCAUCGUAGUCCAGCUGAUCUGAAGGACAAAUGGCGGAAUCUUCUGAGGGCUAGCUGCCGACGAUUGCAGAGCCGGAGAGGGGUUGAUGCCAAGAAGAAGCAUGGCGUGUCCAGGAUUCCUCACGAGGUCUUAAACCGUGUUCGAGAGCUUGCUGUCAUCUAUCCAUAUUCGAGGAAACAUAGAACAAGAAUCUCACCAACUGCAUCCCUCGCCUCUUCUUCGAACGUGGAGUCUGAUAGCCAGUUGUCUAUGAAUGAGUAGAACACAUUGAAUCUCACAUAUUAGAUACUAAGCUACUUAGAAGGAUCAUUCAUACCUGUGAAAAAAGAUAGAUACCUUUGAAAAGCAAAAUUCUUAAUAGUAUAUAUUUUUGCUGGCAGUAACUAGUUCUAAAUUUUGUACAAGUUCAAACUAGAGAACCAAAUUUCUAACAGAUUGUAAUUACUUCUAUUUUAGUUAACAUCUUUUUGUCAGAAAAUACCUAUUGGUAACAAAUAACAAUAUGUGCAAGACUUAAGAAA